AUGACAUUUGCAACUGGAAUUUUCCAUUUUGCACAUGAAAAUAAUUGGAAAGCUUACUGGAAAACUCUUCACAAUUUUAUAUUCAGUGCUAUCUCAUCGUCAAACACUCAGCUGGAGGAAAAAGUAUUACAUUUACAAGAUAAAGUGUGUAGAAAGGAUAUGAAAUAUUGCAGUAUCACCUGCAGUAGCAUCAGCAACAUCAUCAUCAUCAUCAUCAUCAUCAUCAUUAACAUGUACACGUUCACGCGUCAUAAAAUCGUUGAUGUUAACCAGAAUUCGCUAUUGUUAUACGCGAUUGUUACCAUGAAUGAAAAGCCUUUUUUAAGUGUGAUUUACGGGAAUGAUGCUCAAUAA